AUGAAAAUUUUCUUUUUAUUUUUUUUAUGUAUUUUUUUAAAAAAUGUGAUUUGUUAUAUAAAGGAAUUAAGUUUUCAAGAAUUUCAAAAAAUGUUAACAGUAGAAAAAAAUAAUCAGAAGAAAAAUUAUGUUUUAGAUAGUUCAUUAAAUUAUAAAAAUGUAAAAUUUUUUCAAGAUUAUCUAUACAUACAAACAAAUAACGAUUUUAUUCUUUAUAUCUAUGCCAAAUGGGAUACUGACUCAAAUAACUUAAUAACAGUUUUCAGAGAAGUAGCAAGAGUAUUAAAUGAAAAUAAAAUAAAAUUAGAUUUUUACAUUUUUAACAUAGAUAAAGUGAAAGAUCUUUGUAAUUUCUUGAAUAUCACUACCUUACCUUUAAUAUUAUAUGUUUCAUCAAUUCAUAAAAAAAAAUAUAACUCUUUACUUUAUAAAGUUUUCAACUCAAGUAAAGAUGUAAAAAUAAGCAAUGCAUUCAAAUACAAUGGUGAUAUGUAUUGUUACGAUCAUAUAGCAGAGUGGAUUGAGGCGCAUUAUUAUUUUACAAAAAUGAUUACACGAAUUAAAUAUUUAUUCUACGGAAAAAAUAAAAUGUGA